GAGGAUUUCUCACACAUAAGGAAUUCAGAACAGAAAUGAUAAAUUCCAUCAAUGCAUUUGGCCGAAAAUGGACGGGGGGCUCACUUUAAUAAGGAUUCUCCCCUCGCAAUCCAUGUCCAAAACCAGCGGAAAUCUCCAGUGCCAGCGUGCGUCCGAAACUCUUCCUCUGCGGGGGCAGCGAUGUCACGAUGACCAUUUAACAGACGCUUGUUGAGUUUAUACUAUUGGAGAAAUACUCGGAAUGUUUGCUUUGGUGAAGUCUAUUCUUAAUAUGCGUUUGGGAAGCUCACUUUUGGACCACAACUUGCGAUACAACUUUACGUGAAGCUGCUUCUCAAUGAUGAACAGAGGAGAUAUCGAGCAUAAGCUGUAUGGUGUAUACAUGUUUACACUACAGGAGAUGAAAGCAGAAAGAAGAACGAUGCAUUUGUUCGUGUGGAUAUUAGUCCUAAACUUUUUCUUGUGCUGGACCUCAGUUGACGCACAGACGGGGUUCGAUGUCCCUCUCACUGCACACGAGCAGAUGUACAUCCUUUAUGAAAUCAAACAGCAGUGCUACCAGAACCUCUCCAACAUUGAUCCCGGGGCCACAGAUGAGGUGUGCCCUCCAGACUGGGACGGGCUUAUCUGUUGGCCCGGGCUUGCUACCAAGGUCCCCUGUCCGACUUAUAUCUUCGACUUUAACCACAAAGGACACGCUUACAGGACAUGUGAUGUCAACGGUUCUUGGGUGUUUGCGCACCGCUUGAACAAAACAUGGACCAACUACUCGGAGUGCUUCCUUCAGCCCACUGAUGAGAAAGGGAGACAAGACUUCUUUGAGCGGCUGUGUGUCAUGUACACCAUUGGCUAUGCUGUGUCCUUUAGCUCUCUGCUGGUGGCCAUCUUUAUCAUCGGAUAUUUCAGGCGUCUUCACUGCACCAGAAACUACAUCCACAUGCACCUGUUUGUUUCCUUCAUGCUACGGGCAGUCAGCAUCUUUGUGAUGGACAAAGUGGUCUAUCCCAGUACUGGACUGCAGGACUUUGAUUCUGCCCUGUUGGACAACUUUAAGACAGUUAGCCUGCCUCCAUUGGACACCUCUCAGUAUAUUGGCUGCAAGUUCGUUGUAGUGCUCUUCAUCUAUUUCCUGGCCACCAACUACUACUGGAUGCUGGUAGAAGGCCUCUACCUCCACAGUCUCAUCUUCAUGGCCUUCCGAUCAGACUCCAAAUACCUCUGGGGCUUCAUCCUCAUCGGAUGGGGUGUUCCAGCUGUUUUUGUGGCAGUGUGGGCGAUUGUCAGGGCAACGCUAGCAGAUGUAAGGUGUUGGGAGUUCAGCGCUGGUCAUAUUAAGUGGAUCUACCAGGUUCCCAUCCUCACAGCCAUUGGGCUCAAUUUAAUCUUGUUUGUGAACAUCGUACGGGUUUUGGCCACUAAAAUUCGAGAGACAAACGCAGGGAGAUACGACACCAGGAAACAGUACAGGAAACUGGCAAAGUCCACCCUUGUACUAGUGCUGGUGUUUGGCAUCCACUACAUCAUCUUUGUGGGGCCGUAUACAAUCGAGGGCCUGAGCUGGGAAGUCCGCAUGUACUGUGAGCUGUUCUUCAACUCCUUUCAGGGUUUCUUUGUGUCCAUUAUCUAUUGCUACUGCAACGGAGAGGUCCAGGCAGAAAUAAAGAAAACAUGGACACGCUGGAACCUUGCAUUUGAGUGGGAGGGCCCGGUGGUCUGCGGUCGCUAUCGUUACGGCUCCGUAGUUGUCGGCAUCAACAACAACAGCACCAGCAGCCACUCCCACCUGGCGGGGGCGGGACUUUCCACACGCUCCACCACGCUGGUUUCAAGCCGUGUUUAUCGGAGCACGGAUCCCGCUGUGAUCGGCAUGCACGCCACCCUCCCCGGAUACGUGAUCAGUAACUCGGACCCAUCCAUACCUGAAGAACCGGAGGACAGCGGACCCAAGCAGGUGGACGAUAUCUCGCUAAAGGAAAAUCUGCCUGUUGUUAUUACGACUGCGACAGCUGAGGAUGAGGAGGAAACACUGUAGCAUUCCUCAAUAAAAGUGGCAUACACUGAGGAAACAGUUUGUAGUGCAUUUGUUUGGAGAGCAACCCAAUCCAUGUCACUCAAAAUAAAGAGGGUUAUCAAAGACAAAGAAACUUUGACUGAAUGUAAAUGAUAUGGAAUAAUGUAUAGAGCUUUCUUAUGAAAAAUGUAUACUUGGUUCAAAAAUAGAAAAUAUCAGCUGACUGAUCGUUUGACACAGAUGAGGAAACGCUAAAAACAUCUGUUUAACUCCGCAAUCUCGUCUCUACGUUGACAUUUUAGGCUUGUUGGAUUUUGUUGUCAAACUGUGAAGUAACACAUUUUUUUGUGUGAAACGCUUAAUGAACUACAUCUCUGGUCUCGCACAACAACACACGUCACCAAGAUGGCCGUCACUACUGUCUUGCUA